AAUGAUUACGACCAAAAAGAAUUGAAUGAAUGUAACUUGAAAAUGAAUCAUAUGGUUACCAUGACUACCACCUUGGUGUGAGCUCUGGGUAGUGAGGUGGAGCUGUGUUACCAUGGCGACCACUGUACCUGUCCUCUCUGCCUGAAUCAUUGUCUGAAAGUGUGAUUCUUCUUUCCGGGUUGAUUUCCGGUGAUUUGAUUGAUUUCACUGCCUUUUCGGUCUCCUGUAGAAAUUUACAUGACUGUACCUGUAGGGGCUGCGGGGGUGCGGGGGCUGGGUGGGCGGGGCUACUUGGCCUACGCUGCCGGGGGAGGAGCCAUGGGCCGAGGUGGCGCUGGCGCUGGCAGCGCCUCCUAUGGGCUGAAGACGGACAAGCAGACAGAAGAGAAGCUGUACGAUCUGCUGCCCGGCAUGGAGCUGACCCCCAUGAGCCUGAAGGCAGCAAAACCUGCACCACAGGUUCUGGAGGAGCUGUGUCAGAAGAACAACUGGGGACAACCAGUGUAUCAGCUCCACUCUGCCAUUGGUCCAGACCAGAGACAACUGUUCCUCUACAAGAUCACUGUCCCAGCUCUGGCUACACAGUAUCCCAACGUUCAUCCCUUCACCCCUGCUAAACUGUGUGCUGCUGUAGAAGAGGCUAAAGUCCAUGCAGCUGAGCACACCCUUCAGACUCUCGGUCUGCAGACAGAGGGCGCCGCUGACAAUAGCUGUGCUACUGCUGCUGCUGUGGCCUCAGUAGCCUUCCCAGGCUACACUCUGGCGAGUCCGGCGUCGUCUGCAGUCGCCUCCCAGCUGAAGCAGGCGGUAUCUCUGGGUCAGGACCUAACGGCCUACACCACCUACGAAGGCUACCCCGCCUUCGCUGUCGCAACACGCCACACCGACGGAUAUGGCGUUUUUUAGAGUUGCGGUUUCCAAAGAGUCAAAACACACGUAGCCAAGGCUGCGUUCACACUAUCCUGUUUUUUAAACAGGUUCACAUUUUAAAUCUGCCAACAACGUUUAUCUGACUAAACUAAAUCAAACAUCAGUGGUCACACAUCGACAGCAAAAGCAGGACAGUGUGAUGCACCUUCUAUCCAACAGGAUAGAACAACAUUUUGAAAACCGCUGCUGAAAAUGUGUCGGACUCGUCAGUGAAAUCAAUUUCUCACAUGUGACAUUUCUCAUGCUCUUUACUUUCUAUUUCUGCCAUUCCUCUUUGAUUUGACCUGAAUCAUGUUGGUUCGUAUCUGACGUGAUUUUGAUAAGAGACGGCCUCUGAUUGGCUGCAGGUUUUGUUUUUCUUUUGUUUGAUCUUUUUCUAUUAGCCUGCCUCCUGUUAUCUUUACAUCUUUUAACCGUCUCUCUUGUGGUCGUCAGAUCAUUUCACUGGUUUAAGGAUCAUCAGAUUUUAAAUCUUUCAAAAUUCUAUGAAAUUAAAAGUUUGGUUUGUCUGUGAAGAUGCAACUGAUGCUCCGACAGCCUGGGAUUUUAACAUGGAGACACAUUUGUGGUCGCUGAGAUGUUUUGGUCUCAUGAACAUGACAUCAGAGACAUUCAUCCUUAAACUAUGAGACAAGUUCUCUGAGAUCAUUUUCUCUUUUUCUUAUUUUUAAUAAAUAGAAGAAAGCUCAUUUUACUUGACAUCGUAACCGUGAUGUCAGAGCGGCAUUUGCUUUAAUCGAUAAAUCAACAUUUUUUUAUUUUUCAAAUUACAAAUCAAAGUUUUAAAACGUCUCCUCUCCAACAACACAACGACAAGAAACUCUUUUAAUGUUGGAAACAAACCAGAUGCAGGAACUCAGAAUGAACCACCAAUAAAAGUCGUCAUCUGAAAACAUUUACAGAUUUUGAUUUGAAAAUAUGUAGAAUUAGCAACAUUAGAAUUAGCAGCAUUAGAAUUAACGAUAGAAAGCUGCCCCCUCUAGUGGUGACUCUGAGUAUGGCCCGGUGUUUUAUGAUACAAAUGAAUGCAGCGUUAAAAGCAGCAGCUGAUGAUUUGACUUCUUGUUUAUUUGUUGAAAUGUUUCUGGAGAGUUGUGCACGUGAUGACGUGCGCUGACACCUGAGCUGUGAACACGCUGAAGCAGAGACAGUAUUAAAGUGCCGAAGCACUUAGAUCUUAUUUUUAUACCAGGUAGAAGAAGAAGACAGACCCACACACUUUGUACAAACUUAUUCUACCUUUGUUUUGAUCAGUAAUUGACUUGGAAACAGAAACAUGUGAAUUUGAAUCAGUGAGAAUCCGUGAAGACAGUUUUCAUAUGAAAGGAAACUCAUGAAACAUUUCACGAUUUAGAAUCUUCCUGAAAUAAAGAAUCUGAAGAAACAGAA